CCCAGGCUCUGAUUAGGAGAAAAUCGGAUCACAAGUUGGGGAAGAGGCGGCACGGACAGAGUGACAGCGGGACCUCGCCAGCCCCCAGUGCGGACAGACUCCACCUGCCCUACGAACCGGCAGCGGCAUCUCUGAGAUCUGGGCGUUGAUCAUGAAGCUCCAGCUGUUGGUCUCCACAGGGAUCCUGCUGGUUGCUCUCCUGCCCUGCCAUGACUGCAGAGCCCUCAGCAAGAGCCCCGCCGCCGCCGCCAGCGCUCCGCUGCCGCCAGAUUUCCUCCAGCCGCCGCCGAGCCUGCCCGUGCUGCUCCGCCUGGGAGAAGAGUAUUUCCUGCGGCUGGGCAACCUCAACAAGAGCCCCGCCGCCUCCUUCUUCGCCUCCAGCAGCAGCAGCCGCCUACCGCCCGGCGCCCCCGCCGCCAACUUUUUCCGAGCAGCGGUGCAACAGCUGCAGCAGCUCCCCGAGCGCUCGCUGGAGAGUGCGGCGGGCCCCGGGGAGGGGGAAGCCGAGAGCCUGCCCGGGGAGGCGAUGGAGAGGGAGAAGCGAUCCGAGGAGCCCCCGAUCUCCCUGGAUCUGACUUUCCACCUCCUCCGAGAAGUCUUGGAAAUGGCCAGAGCCGAACAGUUAGCGCAGCAGGCUCACAGCAACAGGAAACUGAUGGAGAUCAUCGGGAAAUGAAGCGGCCUCGCCUUGCCAAAGAGAUUCUGCAGUUAGCACAAAACGAUACAGUAUUAUAUACCAUAGUGCUGCUCUGAUGUCAUCUCUUUAUUUUUCUAUAGCUUUAACAUAGAGGGUGUACGCUGAACAGAGCCCAUGGCCCUUGGUUAGCAUGCACAGCAGUGUAUUCCCGUGCAGUGACGAGAAAAGUGUCAUUUGUAACUUUCCGACCUUUAUUUCUCCAUUUCAGACUUGUUCUAGUGACAUCGCUACUUAGGAGGGGGACAGCGGAAGAAAGGUUUCAAAGAAGCCGUUGGAGAAGAGAGAUACUUUUCUUGUGGGAAAAGGUGUGUGU